GCCACUUUGUUUUCAUACACUCUGCACCCUUGAAAGUCUGUUUUUCCAGCUUAACGCAUGAUUGUCAUCCACGAUGAGUAUCUCAGGGAUAGAAUUCAUCAAGGCGGAGACUGUCGAAAUCAAAGAAGAAAGCAAUUUGCCUCCCGCUGCCGACGACGAUGCGCAAAACGCCGGCUACGAUACGCUGGACGUGCGAGCGAAUAACACCAAGUGCGGCGAAGUGUUUCUUAUGGAUACGGAUAAAUUCCUCCUGAUAUGCAGCUUCUGUGACGAACUCUACGCGAGCAUGCAUGAUUUCGGCGAGCAUAUUCGCGAGAAACAUCUGAAUGUCACGGUCCACGACGAGGAUGUGUUGGAAGUUAAGGGGGAAGAUAUUGCUCCAGCUUCCGAGCCUGCAGUAGAACCUGUAGAGGUGUCUGUUCCUGACGUUAGUGAACUGGAGCCAGAGAUAUCGAUGCAGGAUGGCGAAGGUGAAGCGAUUGAGGAGAUGAGAGAUGAUAGCGAAGGUGAUGAUGAGUACAACCCCACCGAAUCGGAUGCAUCCAAGGAUUCAGAUCCGGAAGCGAGCGGUUCAGACUAUGAACCGAAAAGGAGGUCGAGGACGAGGCAGAACCGCGAACCAGACCCUAGUUUAUUUUGUGACAAAUGCAACCGACAGUACAAAAGUUCCAUAACAUUCAAUCGACACUGUAAGACCGUACAUGACCAGAACAGAGAAGAUAAAAAACCGGAAAACUUCAAGUGCCGCUACUGUGACAAAGAAUUCGCCACCGAGGAGGAGCUGAGCGAACAUAAAAACACUCACGACCGCUUCCGUCCGUUCCAGUGUCCGCAGUGCCCCAAAUCCUUCACAUCGAGCAACCAUCGGCAGAAACACAUCAACAUGCACAUGGGCUACCGUCCCUACAAGUGCACGAAAUGUCCAAGUGCCUUCGGGACGGAGUGCAACCUUCGCCAGCAUAUGCUCACGCACGCAGUGGCUGGACCACUGAGUUGUGAGAUCUGCGGCAAACAGUUCAUCCACCAGAGCCGCAAAGAUGUCCACAUGCGGUCGCAUACAGGCGAAAAACCGUUCCAAUGUGAGCAAUGCGGACGCAAGUUCAUCAUCCGAAGUCGCCUGACCGAGCAUAUGAAACGCCACAACAACACGAGGAAUCACGGAUGCGAGAUUUGCGGGAAGAAGUUCUACACAAAUGUUAUGCUCAAGCACCACCAAGUGGCACACUCAAACGACCGCCCGUUUGCCUGCACGGAUUGCGGCAAGACCUUCCCGCGGAAAAUCUCACUGAAAAUGCACCGAAAAAUCCAUUCGGAUGUGAAGCAAUAUUCAUGUAACAUUUGUGGGAAGGAGUUCAGACAAUAUGCGGGUCUGUACGCGCAUCGGAAGUCGCACGGGGAGAAGAAGGGCCUUCCGCAGACCAAUAUCGCUGUGAGUGAUAAAUACACGCCCCCAACGCAUUUGCUUAUUGUUCAUAAUGAGGACUCACGUGAAGGUGGGGCGAGAGCUAGAAUUGACCUCGAACGGAGCCUUUAGUACUCGAAAACUGGCCAAAAACCAAACCCCACCAGGUAAGAAUGGGGAAUGAAUUCAAGGAGUUGACAGUGAUUUUGGUCUUACUGUUGGGGUUCUAUUUUGCAGCCCAAGGUGCUACUACAUGUACAACGUUAAAGCUUCCGCGGCGCGCUAUAUCUUGCGGAAUGAAAGCUGCUGUAUACCGUGCGGUCAGGAUGCCAAAUUUUGUAAUGUAAGAAUUGUUAUCGUUGAUGUGUAUAUAGUAGGCUAGAUUUAUUUCUGUUAGGAAUUGUAUUAAAAUAUAAAGUACUACUAGGGCUAAGCCGUAAAUAUGCGAGUAUACAUCGAGCCUUUGCAACUAGAUUUCUGUUCCCUCAUGAAAAUAAGGGAAGGCGGUUGUCCAGCCAAAUACCUCCAGUAAAUGUGGAGGAGCUGCGGGUAAUAUGUGGUAGGAUCGGUGACAUCAAGGCCCCAGGUUUGGAUGGCAUCCCCAACC